GCGUAUAGGGCUUUCGUUGUAAAGGCGUGGCUUUACUGUGCAACCACAUAUCUGUGAUAUUCAAUAGUUCACCCGUUUAUCUAUAAUUAUUAUAAUUUUGCAAUUAUUUUUUUAAAUUUGUUUCUAAACAUCAGUUUAGUUUUAUGUGCAAAUUUAUUCUUUUGCACUAGUGAUAAGAGAAAGACUAUAAUUUAUUUUUCUUCUUGAAUUUUUUUUUGUUAUUUUUUACGAAAAUGAAUAACAAAACUAUUAUGUUUUCUCAAAUUGUGUUGCUAUUAAUUUUUUCAAGUUUCAUUGAACAAGGUGUGUCGAUAAAAUGCUGGUCUUGCAGAUCGGAUUCCGAUCCUAAGUGUGCAGAUCCAUUUGAUAAUACUACUGUCCCGAUAAUAGACUGUAGUCAAGAAGCAUCUCCCUUGCACUUGGAAGGUGUAAAAUCUACACUAUGUCGAAAAAUUCGCCAAAAAGUAAAUGGUGAAUGGCGAUAUUUCCGUAACUGCGCUUUUUUGGGCGAGCCAGGAAUUGAAGGCGAUGAAAGAUUUUGUUUAAUGAGAACUGGUACUUACAACGUGUUUAUGGAAUAUUGUACAUGCAAUAGUAAGGAUGGUUGUAAUACUGCAUCUUCCACCCAAGUACAUUGGAUCACCUUUCUUUUUAUGACAUGUGUUUUUGCCAUUGGAUUUCUUUCAUUCUAAAAUUGUUAACCGUUUGUAUAUAUAUGUUGUAUAUAUUGUAUAUAUUGAAACUAUGCUAUUUAGACUUAUAUUCUUUUUAUUACAUGGCUUUUAUUUUACUUUUAUUUUUACUUUUGGUACAUUUUAAAUUUUGUCCAAGAACACAAAUAUUUUAUAGUUACGUUUAUCCUAGAAAACUAAGUUUAAGUUUAAGAUUAAACAUUUAAAUAAAAUAAAAUUUAAAUUAAAGUAAGCACGAGAUAACAUUUAAAUAAAAUAAAUUACAUGACACUAUUUUUUUUAAAAAGAAAAAAUGCUUCCACUAGUGUGAUCAUUUUAUAAGCGAGACCAAGAGAUAUAAAAGAUGACAUAUAUUUACAUUAAAACAGAUUUUAAAUCUUAUUCCAAUUUAUGCAAAUUAAUAGAAAAUAAUAUAAAAAAAGGCUGAACAUAUUUUUAUAUUGCGUGUUCGUAAUCAAUAUUUUCAACUAUAUGAUGAUCAAAUUUUUACUAGUACCUUUUUUAUUGUACUUAGAUGUUCAAUUUCAAAUGAACAAUUUUCAGAAAGAGUGAUUUCAUUCAAUAAUAAAAUACUCACAAAGAAAUAAAAAAAAUAUGUAUUUAUAAUAUUUUCAAAUUGACAGCAAAAACGCUUGCUAACAGUUAUAACGAUAAGGAAAUAUUUUAUUUGAAAAAUUUAAUUUUUUAAAUUGCGUACUUAUUUCGAGUUUAUAUAAAUGGAAUUUUUAAUCAAAGUAAAAAUGUUGUAAACAUAACCUAUAAUUCGUUUGCUUCCUAAGUACCUUUCUUUGAAGCGUGCUCCAUAUUAACACAAUUAAAGCAUUACAAAAUUUUGAUCUAUUGGUUAUUCGACAUAAUGAUUCAUCUGUUAAUAUAAAAAUUUAGUUAAAAUAAUAAAGUGCAACUCUUUCUUAUUUACAAAUAAAUUUUAUUGUUAGUCGAAUAAAAUACUUAAAAGUGUUUUGUUUAAGUAGUCAAAAAGGAGAGAAUGUCAAUGUGAAGUUGCUUAUUUUAUUUUUCAUUAUCAAAAUUUUAUCAAAUAUAAUGUUAACUUGUGAUUAACAAAAUAAAUUUUGAUCUAAUUUUACGUUUAUUAAUUGUAAAUUAAUAAUUUAGUAAAAUUUUCAAUUUCAAAUUGAGACUAUCCUUAAUUCAGAAGUUUUCUGAAAUAUAUUGUUAGGCUGUGUUCAUAAAUUACGUCACGUUGUUUUUGUUCUUUCAGACCUCCCUGCCCCUUCUUUUUACGUUAACGCCGUUUUUUCCUCUGGUUGUCGCAAAUUUCUUGACCCCCCCCCUCUCCCUUCAAGCGUUACGUAAUUUAUAGAUGCAGCCUUUUAUUAUGCAAAAAGAGAUUUUUUAAUAUUAUUAAAAUUAAGUAGUAUAAGGAAAAUUCACUCUAAUAAGACAAGUAUGACCGGGUCUGAGAAAACUGUGCUGUCGACCAAAAUCAACUUUUCGAGAAAAACGCGUUUAAAGUAUUUUUAAGACCUUAAACUAUAAGAAACCGUCUAAUUUUUUUUUUUUUUUUUUGAUAACACCGUUUUCUCAGAUCCAGUCACAAGUGUGCCUAAUUUUAAGGCUUUCAUUAAAGAAAUUUUCAAUAAUUGAUUUUGAUGUCCUGUUUGAGAAAACUUGUAAACUUUUAGUUUUUCAAAAUGUAUACUGCAUUUACAGUUAGCAGAAUUUGAAGGUUUAGAAGUAGUUAAGGAGUCUUGUAAAUUUUUUACACCUUAAAUUGAAGGUUUUUUGGGAUUUUUUUUCUCAAAAGUUUCAAAAUAUAAUAAGUUAAAUCUUUUAACAUGUUUUUAUGUAUCUCUAGAACAUUCACCAUGUCUCGAAAACUGAUUGACCAAUUUCAAAAAUUCUUGUUGCAUUCUCUUCAAUGGUAGUUUCUUUAGCGAGUGAACCUAAAAACAUGGCAAACUUUUGAGAUUAAAAAAUUUCCGCAGAAGAGAAUGCAACAAGAUUUUUUGAAAUGGGUCAAUCGGUUUUCGAGUUAUGGUGGCAGCCAAAUUUUAAUACAAUUUUAAAGUGUGUCCUCUAUAGAAGGAAAAUAUUAAUAUUUUCUAAGAUCAUAACUUAAUUUUUUUAUUGUCCUAGAUAUUCAAAAACACAUGUUAAAAGAUUUAAUUUAUUGUAUUUUGAAACUUUUGUGAAAAUAAAAUUUAAUAAAACCUUUAAUUUAUGGUUUCAAAAAUUUACAAGACCCCUCAAUGAUACUUUUUACUUCGAUUAUUAUUUUAAACAUUUUUCUUUGUAAUAUCGAAAUUAUUAGAAAUGUCUUCCAAAAUUGUAACUUUAAACUAAUUCUAACUUUAAACCUCUUCCUGUACCACGUAUUUUAAGUAGUGUCAGCAUUUACUUAUUGAAAUUACAUUCUGUUAAUGCCUGAUAAAUUAGCACAGAAUGCUUACAGAAUCAACCACUUGAGUGAUCUUUAUUAUACAAUAUAGUUUCACUUCGGUUGUCGUUAUUAAGCAUGUUAUGCGAAGCAUACCUUACGCACAUGUGUAACUGAAAAGCAAAUCUUUAAUUAUUUUUGAAGAUAUUUUAAUAUUCCUCUAAAGAUUAAUUAAGACUGUUUAUGCCGUCCAUAAAAACGAACACUUAAAGUUAAUGUAACUAAUAUAGGUUUACCAAUUUUCAUAUUUUUCUAUUACGUUAAAUGUAACAAUAAAUUGUAUAUUUAUUAUUGCAAGCAUUAGCACAAUUCAAUAAAAUUUUCUAAUUA